UUCCGGAAAUCCGUCUUUUUCACGUGNCUCGCUUCUAAACCCGCAUCUCAACCCGACCCUAAUUCCAACAAAACCCAUAACAUCCCUCCCAUCAAGUCUAUACCCAAAAAACAACAGCAAUCUGGCUUCAAGCUUUACGAACGCAGAAAUUCUCUCAAGAACCUUAAGAUCAACCCUCUUAACCCAAACCCAUUUAUCACUUCCGGGUUUUCGCCCCGAAAACCCGAGAUUCUCUCUCCUAGUAUUCUUGAUUUUCCUUCUCUAGUUCUUAGUCCGGUUACUCCGUUGAUACCUGACCCCUUUGACCGAUCCGGACCCGUUAAUUAUAUUAACAAGAGUGGUUUACAUGCAGAUAGUAGUAAGAUGGACAGAGAAGCCGAAGAGAAAGCUAUUAAAGAAAAGGGGUUUUAUUUGCACCCGUCACCGAGUACCACGCCAAGAGAUGCGGAGCCGAGGUUGUUGCCGCUUUUUCCAGUGACUUCACCUAGGGUUUCAGGUUCUGCAGCUUCUAAUUCUUGAAUUAUUAUGAGGUUUUUUAAUUUUUUCUUUUUGGUGUAAGAUUUUUAUGUAUUGUUGGUAAUGAGGGGAGAAGAAAAAUAAAUUUGUAAUGUUGAAUAUUUGCAGAGAAUGAGAAAAAUCUUGCUCUAAUUGUAAACUUUUAUGUUUUGUUGCUCUCUAUUGGUUUUUAUCUUUGUUCAUA